AGUCUCAAAGUACAUGUUUGCAGUGGGAUGACUGACUGUACAGGGCAAUUUUAGGAAGGAUCCGGAACUUGUAGACUCUACAGCUUCUGUGCUGUUUGCAAGUAUGGAGUGACCUGCAUUUCAAUAUGUACCAUAAACGGACAUGUCAAGUGUCGCUUGCAAAAACCUGUACAAAUUGUGACAUAAGGUAGCUUUUGAUGGUGACGGAAGUUUGAAUGCUCCAUGUGUAAUAGGAAUAGACCCACCUAGCUAUGGAUUUUUUUAGUUAUGGUGUUUGAUGAGAGCAGAACCUUAAAAGUUUAACAGUUCAGAGAGCUAUUUUUCUUCUUUUUGCUGGAUAUGGUCUGGAAGAUGAUAAGCUUUGGAGUUUAGCAAGUGUCUUUGACUGGGGACAAGCUGUUGUCUCAAUGAUUGAAAGGCUCACAUCAUCUCCAGCGGGACGAGGAGUCGAGAACACCAGGUCGUAGGUCAGAAAGAUGGCAGAGAUCAUCCUCGCUGCUAAGCAUGGAUUGUACAACCGCGUUCUAGCUGAGCUUCGAGAGGGCACCCCAGUUGACAUACAGGAUAUCGAGGGUGGAACACCUUUGUACUGGUCAGCUUGCGGUGGUCACUCAGAUAUUUGCCGGUUGCUUCUCAGCAAGGGGGCUAACCCUAAUCUGGCAGUGCAAUGGGGAUCAUCGCCACUUCAUGCUGCAGCCGACCGUGGAAAAACGGAGUGCAUAAAGUACCUCAUAAGAUAUGGUGCCAACAUAAGUGCACAAAACAACAACGGUGACACACCGCUUCAUCUUGCCUCUUUCCGCGGGCACAGUGACGCUUGCAUCAUCCUCCUGACUCACGGGGCAGACCAGACCAUUCUCAACAAUAAUGGGAAGACAUCUCAACAGGAAGCUCAAGGGGCACAGCAUAAGGACAUUACCAAGAUACUCACAGAGAAGAAAACUGCUCAACGAGCCUCAUCGUUCCCUCUCACAACAGCAAACCGGGAAGUCCUGAUGCCAAAGCAGUAUUUACGAGCAAGUGACAGUGAUGAUGCACUACUUAGAACAGACAAGAAGACAAGCCUGAGACACAACCUCCUCGCAUCAUCUCUUGAGAAACGGGAAGUGGAGUUGAGGGAGAGACCUGGUACCAGACAAAUUCCCAUGGCUCUGAACCAGCUAUCCGAUACAACAUCCAGGGAAACCUUCCACCAUCACCACCGACCUUUCUCUGACCCGACACCAGCAUUUCUUGGCGGACGGCCAAAUAUUGCGGACUUCUCCGACCCAACCAAAGAGAUCAAUAUAAUGUCGGAUGAGAUUGACUUUCAUCGCAAGCAGGAUGAGACGGAGCGUGAUCAGUUCCUUGGGGCUAUCGAUGGUCUCCAACUCAAGGUAGCUCUGUUGACGUCUCAAAAAGAGGCGUUAGAAGCGAAGCUGCAAGGGGGUAGCAGCAGCCCGACCCAGGAUAUGGUCGUGACAGAAAGAAGGAACUCUGACACGAGAGGGCGCCAGUUGUCAAAUGAACUCUUUCUGUUGAAAGAGUCGCCAUUGGUGAAUCGGAAAAGGUCCUCGAUUGGCUCAUCCACAGAUGUGUCAUCUCUGUUGACAUCAGUGGGGACCUCGAGUCAUAAAGAUCAGAGUCCGGAAGGCUCUCUGACUAAAAGCAUCUGCUCCUUCAUGGAGAAGCCGUACCUGUGUCAAAGCACCAUGAUACAUCAAGUUUUUUCUCAUCUUCAAAAUGACAAGACUGUGUUUCAAACUCUAAAGGCCUCGACCAAUCAGAGACUCUAUGAACUACGGCUAAGCCUGAACGAAAGGAACGAUGUGUUUUCAUUGGAUGAGAAAGGGAAAGAGUGGUUGUUGAAUGAGGACUAUCAGAUCAUUGAGGGUAGGCCAGUGGACAGAGAGUUGAAGCAGUCCGAGGAUGGACUGAUCUCUCAAAUUUGCGUUCGGAUUCUUCAUAAAAAGCAAACAUACGUCAUAAAGGUCUUGAUGAACCACAGAAGGUCUCCCAAACCAUCAGGACACAAGUGCCCUGGAGAUUCCCUAGGAACUGAAUUCAACAUUCUACAAUCUCUUAGUGACAACCCUCACUUGAACAUCACGAGGAUGUACCACAAUUUCGAAAUCCAGACUUCAGAACUGAAUAACUUCUCCGAUGUCUCUAAGUUCUUGGACGGCACCCUCUACAGUCAGUUGGCAGACAAAACUGCAAUGGUUGUGUUUCCGGACUACUGUACGACGUUGUCUCAUUUGGUAUCGAACUAUCGAGCAGACAGAACAUUGACGUAUGGAUCCAUACGUUCUCCAAGUGAAUUGUUUGUGCUGCGACUGCUGCUGCAGUUACUCGAAGCUCUCUCAUACCUUCAAAUUAAUGGAAUAGCCCACAGGGAUAUUAACUCAAGGGCCAUUGUUGUGGACUGGAACUUAAGACUCGUCCUGGGGGAGUUUGGAUAUGCGAGGAGAUUGCGGAAUGAUGAAGGACAAGGGAUUCCGUUUGUGGAGAAGAGUCAGAUUGGUGCUGGUAACCCGCUGGCCUGGUCACCGGAGUUGCUUCAAUAUUCAGUCAACGGACCGCCAAAGUCAUGGCAGAAAGAUCUAACACUUCUAGAUGUCUAUGAGAGUUCAGACCUCUACAGCACGGCGGCCAUGUUGUGUUGCCUUUUUAAUAGGUUGCCAGACGGAGAACAGUCUCCUCCAUCACCUGGGAUGAUCGCAAAGUGUCUACCUACAAUCUCUCUGGAGGUGCCAGGGUUUCUGUCUAAGGAGGGGAAGGCAUUGUUUGGACGUAUGCUGAAGGAUAACCCUGCGAAUAGACCUACUCUGAGGGAGGCCAUACUAAGAACUGGCAUGAUGCUGUAUGGCCCCGAACCAUCAAGUAUCAACUCGCUUACUGAAAUGGAUACAUGGUUGCAGUCUCAACAUUUACGAUUACUAGCAACGCCACCUCAAAGCAAGUCAAGGGAGUUGGAUGAGCUAACGAGAUGUCUGGAUUGGGAGCUUUGCCAUGGUUACAUGAGCAAUGUGUCAGCUGUUGAGCUAUGGCACCUGUAUAAUGAUCCAAUAUAAAGGAAACUCGAGGCAAAUGUCAUCUUCACUGCUACCGAUAGAGAGAUGUCACCUCUAGAGGGCGUCCGACAAGUGGGAGCUUUGCACUCUAUGGUGAUGUACUGCUCAGUGUGGGCCUACUAAGUGUUGUAGUCGCGACUAUUGAUUGCUUAGUCAAGUCACGACUACUGUUUUUCAACUUGUCGGUUAAUCGUGCCGCUUAGCCAUGAUUACCUGCCUGGCCUUCUUUCCCUCGACUACCUGCUCGGUGAACCAAUUGUGACACUCACGACUAAUCACGACAACAUAAUUUACUUACGAAACACAAUCAGUGACACGAUCCUUCAAUCCUUUCAGCGUGAAUUCUACUAUAUUGCCCCUGCAGCAAACAUUAUGGUAGAAUGUUAUUGGAAAGGGUAAACAAGGAACUGCUUUUUGCAUUAUUGCAUUGUGCUUCAUGGUGGUUCUUGCGAGACAUACUUAUCACAUGCGUAAUCCAUGUUGGUGGGGUUCCAAUUUGCUUCUUACCGUUGCCCUGAGAAACCUGCUCAAAUGAGCAAGUUUCAGUGUGCACCAUGGUUAACUAAAGGUUGACCAUUUUUACUCGAACCCCGGGCUGGUCGACCUUUGGUUUACUUUACUACCGUAUUGUGGUCGACCAAACUCAUGAUGGUUUCUUAACUGGUCCCAGUUGCCUUUUCCACGCUAGCAUGUGUAAAGCGCAGAGGGGAACCAGUAACACUUUAGCGAAAUAGGAAGGCAAGGGAGUGUUAGAGGAAAAAAAAAAUCAAUUUUGCAUUAUAUUUAACGGUGAAUCUUUUCAGGGAGGUGGUGAUAAAGGUAGCCACAUGUAGGCAGGACCCCUCGUAUUUAAAUUGCCAUCAUCUGGAAAACCUACUCCAAGUCUUUCACAAGUUAAUCAGGACUGUUGGACAUGUACCUCUUUUUGUUUUACAUGAUAAGUACCUCAAAAUAAACAUUGAGGCCAAAGAUGUUCACGCCAGGUAAACUCAUGACUGAAGAAUGCUUAUGUUCUUGUGUUUUCCAUUCAAAUAUAAUACCUCACUCUGUUAUAUCUUUAAAAAGAAAAAAUAUGUUCGAAUGUUGACCAUGAAUCUGCAUGAAACUUUUCUGCAUGAAGCGUUCCAAACAAGGUUUUUCUCAUUUUGAUUCAGGUCUUGUAAAAUAAUUGCUUGUCUAAUUGCUUGAAAGCAAACUGUUGUGCUAACUGUUGCUCAAAAGUGUAUCUGAUAGACCUUACAGCACAUUUUGCACUCAUCUGCUUGCAAGAACCCCUAGGAAGUUAGCUUGCCCUUUGCUUUGGUUACGCC